UUCCACUGAAGACAAGCAAAAGUUAAAGUUAGCUCAGAAGAAGGCAGCAACUCUUGAAUCAGCAACCAAUUCUGUACGGAUAACAAUCGGACUGAUCUCCACUCUGGUUGUGGGUUAUUUAUCUGACAGAUUCGGUCGUCGAGUUGCUAUUGGAGCAAUACUAGUUGGCGAAACUCUCCAUGUCGGCUUAGUCA